GGAGACUGAGUCCAGUUUUGUGUAGACACCAAGCCAGCGGGAGACCUUGGACCAGUCACUUUCUCUUAGUCCUAGGAAGGAGGCUAUGGCAAACCACUUCUGAAAACCUUAACAAGAAAACUGUAUGAACUUGUCCAGGCAGACUCUGAGAAUCAGGUAGCUGGUUAAAUGCAAUUGUGCCAGUAACGGAGGGAAGAUAAACAUGAGAAUAGCAGGAGCAGCAAAGUUGGUAAUAGCAGUGGCUGUGUUCUUGCUGAUGUUUUAUGUCAUAGCUCAAGUAUUUGAAAUAAAAAUGGACGCCAGUUUAGGAAAUCUUUUUGCAAGAUCAGCACUGGACGCACCAUUGCGAACUACAAAGCCCCCAAAGUAUAAAUGUGGAACGACAAAAUCAUGUCCAGCGAAUCAUUUUGCUUUCAAAAUGGCAAGUGGAGCAGCCAACGUAGUUGGACCUAAAAUAUGUGUAGAAGACAAUGUCUUGAUGAGUGGUGUUAAAAACAAUGUGGGGAGGGGCAUUAAUAUAGCCCUAGUAAAUGGCAAAACAGGUGAAGUAGUGGACACAAAAUACUUUGAUAUGUGGGGUGGAGAUGUAGCCCCAUUCAUUGAAUUUCUGAAGAAUAUUGCAGAUGGAACUAUUGUAUUAAUGGCAACAUAUGAUGAUGGUGCCACCAAGCUUACUGAAGAGGCACGGAAACUAGUAUCAGAUUUGGGGAGUACAUCCAUCAUGACGCUUGGCUUCAGAGACAAUUGGGUUUUCUGUGGUGGGAAAGGAAUCAAAACUAAAAGUCCUUUUGAACAGCAUAUUAAAAACAACAAGGACACCAACAAGUAUGAAGGAUGGCCAGAGGUUGUGGAAAUUGAAGGAUGUAUUCCACAGAAGCUAGAAUGAACAAUCUGCAAUUGGAAAUAGACAAUGCAAAAGAACAGUGGAGGGGAAAAUGCACUUUUCUGCUGCUGUGAGAUUGUGGGAUUUGAGAAGAUAGAAGCCAAGUGUGAACUCCAUCAUACUAGCAUGGCUUGAUGCACAAGGCACAUUAAAAAGCUGUGCAAAGUGAUGGUAAAUUGCACCAAUUCAUUUGACUGGGCAUGUGAAAUACUUAUCCUGCUGGAUUGUGCCCUAUGUAAAUAAUUUCCAGGCAUGUUUUCACUUUAAAAUGUGCAUGAACUUUUUUUUUUUAAAAACAUCAGGCUUAUUUAUUGUUAAACUGAAGAGAUUCUUUUUUCUGUCUCUUUUUUCUUUUUUGUAAAUAGGCCCUAAACAAACAGAACAAUUGUUUCUGAGCAUUCUUAUUCUUCCUUCUCUUUCUCCCUUGUUUCUAAAGCCAUUUAUUGUAUGUAAAUGUCUUCCCUCAAAAGUAAUUAGAGAUACACAAUGAAUAGUUGAGCUAAUCCUGAGCUUUGUUGUAUCCUGUUCAACUACAACAUUGCUGUGUGCAUAUAUUUACAUGGGUAUGUAAAUUUUAGAGGGAAAAAUAGUUAACUAUUUUUAUGCUAUGUCUGUUGGAAAACCACAUUCUUCAGUGACCCCUUUCAGAUACAGAGGGUGGAUGUUUGAUACAAAAAUGUAGGACUGCUCUACAAAGCACAAUUAAAUGCUUUUCAUUAAAAUCAAAUGUAUAACACUG